AUGUGGAAGUUGCUCGUAGUUCUGCUAGUGUACAAGGCCAAUGCCAAAUGCUAUUGGAACAGUAAAUGUCCCUAUAGGCUGUUUGGUACUAAAACUCCGUAUGAAGCUGUGAGAGGGGAUGUGAGAGAUCUACCCCCGCUGGAACAAUGUGAACCAGUAAGCGUUUGGAUGAUGAUGAGACACGGCACCAGACACCCGGAGGUAGACGAGGUUGCGCAGAUGAAGGCGGUGGUGGCGCUGCGUACAGACAUACUGCAGGCCCACGAGGAGGGGCGGGGGGAAAUGUGCGCUCAGGACAUACAAAAUCUUCGCAAAUGGACCUGGAAUCGAAACUUAGAUGUCUCCCCAUCAGACCUUACGGUAGAAGGUAUGGAAGAGCUGCAGAGUAUCGGCAGCAGGUUCGGAGAGAAGUUCUCGAAUGUUCUAGAAAACAUGCAGCAGUAUAAGAUCAGGGCAUCAAUUGAAUUGAGAACUCAAAUGAGCGCUAAGGCAUUUGUCAAGGGAUUGCAGAGAAACAACCAGACUUUGUAUAUUUCAACUUCGUUUCCUAAUGAUUUGACGGCUAGACCCUACAGGUAUUGUAAAAAGAGAUUUUACGAUAUACUGAUUGGAGAUAAGAUACCGGAAGAAACUGCGAAAUAUCUACAGUCCCGCGACUUUUUAAAGGUACUAACAUCGGUACAAAAACGCACUGGUCUGACGGGUGCUCUGAGUGCAAAAACUAUUCUCCAAAUCUACGAUCUGUGCCGCUUCUACCGCAGCUACUCCGUCCGCCUCUCCGACGCCUGGUGUGCUCUCUUCAGCGAUAGUGACCUUAAGGCACUCGAAUAUGUGGAAGAUGUUCAGCAUUAUUAUAGAAACGGUCACGGCGAUCCCAUGAAUGCGAAACUCGGCGCAUCAAGUCUCAAAGACCUUUACCAGAAGUUCGUCCAGGGAAAGCAAGGCGUCAAUUCUUUUUCCGGUUAUUUUUCCCACGACACCAUGCUGGGAAUGCUGUACGCGGCUCUCGGCAUCUACGCAGACACCCCGGUCAUAUCGGGCUUCGAAAGAGUCAAGAAAAGGCAAUGGCGAACAAGCUUCUUAACGCCUUAUGCUGCUAACUUUGUUGCCAUUUUGAAUAAGUGA